UCUUCCUCUCCCCCCCCUCUUCCACACGCCUCGCUGUCGGUAUGGCGGACGGCGAGAGGUCCCCGUUACUAUCAGACCUGGGAGACGGUGCUCUGGGCAGCGGUAACGGAGGGGUGUCUCCCGGUGGUGCUGCGCCCUACGGUGUGCAGCUCAACAAACCACAGAGCUUCCCUCCGUUCCCCAGCCCCACUCAGCCAUCGGUGCUCCUAGGGGAAGACCCUCCGCCCUAUUCUCCUCUCACCUCCCCAGAGAGCGGCAGCGCCCCUGUUAUAAGCUGCAGGGUGUGUCAGAGUCUGAUCUCUGUGGAGGGUAAGAUCCACCAGCAUGUGGUAAAGUGCGGGGUCUGCAAUGAAGCUACGCCCAUUAAGAAUGCCCCAGCAGGGAAGAAGUACGUUCGCUGCCCCUGCAACUGUCUGCUCAUCUGCAAAGUCACCUCCCAGAGGAUCGCCUGUCCCCGGCCAUAUUGUAAGAGGAUAAUCAAUCUGGGUCCAGUUCAUCCCGGUCCGGCCAGUCCUGACCCUCAGCCAGCCGGGGCCCGAGUCUCCUGCGGACACUGCAACAACACCUUCCUGUGGACAGAGUUCACGGACCGGACGCUGGCCAGGUGCCCACACUGCAGGAAAGUCUCCUCCAUUGGUCAGAGGUAUCCCAGGAGGCGGAGCUUGUGGUGUUUUCUACUCUGCUUGCUAUUCAGCAUCUCGACCGCCGGGCUGAUGGCUGGGACGUGGGUGAAGGCUCAGACCUACCAGGGGAUCUACGCCUCGUGGGCCGUGUUGCUGCUCCUGGUUCUCGUCACCCUGGCGCGGGCCUUCUACUGGGCCUGCAUGAGGGUCAGCCAGCCCCUCCAGAACUUCACAUAGAGUCCCGAGCUACGAACCUGCCGCACCCCCUCUUCCCAAAACCCGCCAAGCUGGAGGAAAGAUGGCUUAAAAAAACAACAAAAAAAACAACAAAACCGAAUAUUUAUUUAAAUCCAAACUCCUGAGAGAAAAGGUCCUCCUCCUCCUCCUCCUCCUCUUCCUCCUCCUCGUCCCUUUCCUUUUAGUCAAAUGUGUUUCUAAAACUGGAUGGCGGUGGCUGCGACUGCUAUAUAUCUAUUGGUAAUUAUGAUGACGCGUAUAGCCUAAUGUACUGUUUAUCUAUUCUAAUCUCGUGGCCAGUGUGGGUUCAUUUUAACAUUUGUAACACUCUUCUUUUCUUUCUCCUCCCCCCCUUCCCCCUCUGCGCUGUUCAUAAAGUUCGGCUUUAGU